AUGGGUUCUUGUGCUGCUUUAAUCUCCCUUAAUCAGACACUGAAUCGCAUUUCCGAAUCCGAUGAUUUUCUUUCCCUAACAGACAAGCAGUGUAUCCUUCAUGAAAUGGAUUCAGUUCUCGAUAAAAUGGAGGAGCUUCCCAGCAGCAGGAUAGUUGAUGCGGCAGCUUAUGAAAGACGAGUCGUAGAUGCUCUCCUAAUAUUCCAACGUCUUAUCGAUUCCCACUUGUCUGAUCGAGAUCAUGAUGAGAUCCGUUUUGCUUUGUCGCUCUCCCAUCAACUGCAAAUAGUCAAACAAGAAAUUACUUCGUUUCUCACACCAACUGACGUAAAAGAAGAAGAAGAACAACAACAACAACAACAACUCUGCAGCAGUAGGAGGUAUUCUAAUUUUGCUUCUUCAGAUUAUAGUACUUGGAAUCAACAACAGAAUCUUCUGGUGGGAUUGGAUGACCAAAUUACAGCACUUAAACAAUUGAUUUUCGAUCCCAAUUACUAUUACGUAGUUAUAUCAGUUGUGGGCAUGACCGGAAUCGGUAAGACUAGUCUUGUUCAACAAGUUUACAACGAUCCACUUGUUAUAAAAGAGUUCGAAACUCGAUUAUUUCUGCACAUCGGCCCAGACUACACUCGAUCGGAAGAUAUUGUGCUGCGUGUUCUCGAUGAACUUGGCGUCAUCGUCCCUUCUGAUAAACUAGACACGGAUUGUUUGCAGAAGCAAUUGUCGGAGGCUUUAUCUACUCAAAAGUAUCUAGUUGUCUUAGACGAUGUAUGGGCUGAUCUAAUCCUUCCUGAUUUUCAAGAAAACAGAAAAAAAAGUUUGAUCAUCAUCAUAUCUCAGAUCCAAAGAACUUAUGACUACAUUUAUACGCAAAAGUUUAUUAUAUUACCAUUUCUCAACGACGACGACAGUUGGAAACUACUUCAUCAGACGGCAUUUAGUAAUAGAGAGGAGAAGUGCAGUCGAGAACUUGAGAAAAUUGGGAAGAAGAUUGCCAAGAACUGUGAAGGACUCCCUGCAGCAAUUAUACAGGUUGGACAGAAUCUACGUGGAAAAUCUUUUGAAGAAUGGAAGACAUUAUCAGAAAAAGAAGAUCCACUCGUCAUCACAAGAUAUGACGAUACGCCAUUCUCAAAGGCACUAUUUUUUAGUUACAUGAUGUUGCAUCCCUAUCUAAAGCCAUUCUUUCUGUAUAUGGGUGUGUUCCCAAAACAUUAUGCGAUUUCUCGAUCAAAGCUCAUCAAAUUAUGGUUCUCUGAGGGCUUUCUGGAUACACAACCGGGGAUUGAAGAAAUUGUCGGACACACCUUUGAUCUACUUAUUCGGCAAAGUGUUGCUUUGAGAGAAAAGCAAGCUUCUAUAAAUUCGAUUGAAUUUAAGAACUGUAGACUGCAUUUCACCUUUCGAAGUCUAUGUGUACUAGAUGCACUUGCGAUCUGCUUCUACGAGUUCCCACAUCAACUACUUGCAUUACUUCAAUUGAAGUACCUUUCAAUCACGUGUGACAGAGAGCUCCCCAACUCCAUAUCCACACUUUGGAACCUCGAGGGCUUCGACCUCCCACCUCCUUCGAAUGAUUCUCAUCUUGAGAAUCUUAUAACAGUUUUGGGUGUGAGUGUUCACAGUUGUACCAUAGAAGUGCUUUCAAGAAUCCCCAAUCUGAAGAGAAUAGCCGUUCAAAUUGAGUCGGCACACGACUCAACCGAAACCUUCAAUUUUUUCGGUCACUUUGCCUCUGAAGAUAAGCCUGAGUGGAUGUGGAUUUCCUUGGGAGAAUAUGGAAGUGAUUGCUUCAUUAUCGAAUCUUAUAGUGCUCAAACUGCGAUAGUAUGCCUUUUGCGGCCCUCUGUGGAAAACCAGCCAAAGACAAGGACAGUUCCCCAGUCUGGAAUUCUUGCUGCUGGAAGACUUGGAUAUAGAGAACUUGGAAUUCGACAUUCUAUAUUUAAGGUUGAGGUGGAAGAAGGAGAAGCCGAUGGUGGAGGUGAUGGCUUCGGUGGAGAGAAAUGGAGAAGACAAGUAAGGGGUUGA